UGGGUUAGUGCCACGUCCACCUCUCCGACGUCAGCCGUCCUAGGACUGACCUUCCUCUCCCUCGCCACGGGCAUCUGCCCGGCUGUAUCCGACCUGAUCGUGGUCCUUGUCACUUGGUAUAAAACAUUCCGACUCGCCAUAGAAGUGCGGAAGUUACGGUUAAAAGGAUCGAUCGUGACGAUGCUGAUGAGAGACGGUGAGUACGUGUUGCUCUCUUGGUACAUGCUAUGCCUUACGAGCAACCAUUUCAAGGCACGCUCCACUUCAUGUACGUCGGACUCUCUCACAUCAAUCAGAAUGACGUCAAUCUUGGUGUCGCGCUUCAUCCUCGAUCUACGACAGGUAUCCCUCGGCAGCGUGGACUUGAAUCCGAUGUCUCACAGCACCCUGAACACGCCGGACGGUCCCUCUCGCCUGGUUGGCAACUUCGGCGCCGAGCUCCAACACACGUCUCUUGUUUUUGAGAAUGUCGAGGAUAGCAUUGAAGAUGAGCAGAGCAUCAGUGUGGACUGUGAGACCUAUGAGUUAGCGCAGGUGCAGUAGUCAUCGUACAAGUUCACCGAUCGCGAUAUUCCAAGCAAAAUGUUAUGCUAAUCUGGCACGAAGUAUACGCUCAAUAUAGCAUAACUUCAGCAAGGGAGAGAUUCGCCAGGUCAAAAACUG